GAAGGGGUGCUGUGCUAGCGCGCCUGCGCGUUGCGACGGAGCGCACCCCUUUUUGCGCCGCUGUUCGGGGGCUAUCGCUAAGGUGCCGCGGGGAUGCUGAGCGCCGCGCUGGGAGGAAGGCGCGGUGGUGGCAGAGGGCUGUGGAGGAGCCUGCACCACCCCGGCGGAGCCUCCUCGCCGGCACCUCCCGCGGCAGGUGCCAGGAGCGUGGUUUCCAGCAGCUCCCUGCUCUUCCUGCAGAACAACCCCGGGCCACGACCAAGUGCUAGUAAUGUAAAGCCACUGGAUGGCGUGAGAAUUCUUGACUUGACAAGGGUGCUUGCAGGGCCCUUUGCUACAAUGAAUUUAGGAGAUCUAGGGGCCGAAGUCAUCAAAGUGGAAAAGCCAGGAGCUGGUGAUGACACAAGAGCUUGGGGCCCACCUUUUGUUGGAACAGAAAGUGUUUAUUUUCUCAGUGUCAAUAGAAAUAAAAAGAGCAUAGCUAUCAAUAUGAAGAAUUCAAGAGGAGCAAAAAUAAUCAGGGAGCUUGCAGCUGUCUCUGAUGUUUUUGUGGAAAACUACAUCCCUGGGAAACUGGCUGAAAUUGGUCUAGGUUAUGAAGACAUUAAAAAGAUUGCUCCUCAUGUAGUGUACUGUUCAAUAACAGGUGCAAUGCCAUGGGUUUUUAAUUUUUGCCCAUUGCCUCUUAUCAUUCAAUGGAUGCUACUGAAAAGGGUCUGGCUCCCCCUUGCUCACUCCCUCCCACCAGGUUAUGGUCAGACUGGUCCAAUGGUUCAGAGAGGUGGAUAUGACUCAAUUGCAGCUGCUGUUUCUGGUCUCAUGCAUAUCACAGGGCAUGAGGAGGGUGAGCCAGUUAAAGUAGGAGUAGCCAUGACAGAUCUUGCUACUGGGUUGUAUACAUGUGGAGCAAUUAUGGCUGGUUUGCUUCAGAGGUAUAAGACGGGGAAAGGACUGCACAUUGACUGUAAUCUCAUGUCAUCUCAGGUUGCAUGUCUUACUCAUGUAGCAGCUAAUUAUCUUAAUUGCAAAAUUGAAGGAAAACGCUGGGGUACAGCGCAUGGGAGUAUUGUUCCAUAUCAGGCUUUUAAGACCAAGGAUGGCUACAUAGUGGUGGGAGCUGGAAACGAUCAGCAGUUUGUCACUGUGUGCAAGAUCCUGAAUCUGCCUGAAGUUAGUAAGGAUUCCAGAUAUAAAACUAAUACACUGAGAGUCCAGAACAGAAAAGAACUUAUUGACAUAUUGUCAACUCGGUUUUCAGAAAAAACAACAGUCAAGUGGUUGCAGCUCUUUGAAGGUAGUGGAGUUCCAUAUGGUCCGAUCAACAAUAUGCAGCAGGUAUUCUCGGAUCCACAGGUGCUGCACAAUGGACUUGUGAUGGAAAUGAAUCAUCCAACAGCUGGAAGGAUAGUUGUUCCAGGACCAGGUGUCAGAUACAGUGAAUUUGCUAUGUCGCAUCCCAAACCACCUCCGCUUGUUGGACAGCAUACGGUGGAGAUACUGAAGGGCAUGCUGGGGUAUGAGGAUGAUGCCAUAGAAGAACUGCUCGACACUGGUGUUGUGGCUCAGCAUGAGGUCAGAUAAGGAACAUUAGCUACAUUCCUUCACACUGAGUUCACAUAACUUUGUCCUCUCUUUGCUUCCUUCAGCUCCCCUAAUGGGACUCAAAGAGAAGACAUAAUUUAAUUCCUAAUUUUAUUCCAUGUGUGUUUGUAUGAUUUUAACACUGAUGUAUCAAAUAAACAAUCUCAUACUGUCUGA